AUGUUUGGUAAUGCAUUAGUUCAUUCAAUUAUGUACACAGUUAGAGCAAUUUCUAGAGGUCGUAUUGGUACCUAUUAUUAUAAAGAAUAUAUUCAAUGGGGUGUUGUUGCAACAACAACUGCAGGUGUUAUUAUUUAUCAAGCUUUCCAUUGCUUUAGGCAAAUGUCAUAUGAAACAUUUUUAACUGUUCAUAUUGUUUUAGUUGUUGUUUUCAUCGUUGCAUGUUGGUAUCAUUGUUAUGAUAUUGGUUAUUUGGAAUGGAUUUAUGUUUCAUGGGCUUUAUGGGGUGGUGAUAGAGUUCAAAGGGUAAUUAGAAUGUGUAUGUUUGGAUUUAGAAAAGCUAAUAUUGAAUUGAUUGCUGAUGAUACUUUCAAAAUCUCUGUUAAGCAUAAUAAAUUGUUUAGACCAUUCCCAGGUGCAUUUGCAUAUAUCUAUUUCAUCACACCAACCAUGUUUUGGCAAUCACAUCCUUUCACAAUUAUUGAUGGUGCUAUAAAUGAAAAUGAAACAACAGUUUAUAUCAAAGCUAAAACUGGUAUUACAAAGAGAAUGAAGAAUUAUUUGAGCAAGUUCCCAGGAAACAAAAAGACAAUUAGAGUGUCUAUUGAAGGUCCAUAUGGUCAUAGAUGCCCAACAAAUAGAUAUGAUACUGCUUUAUUAUGGGCAGGUGGUAAUGGUAUUCCAGGUCCAUAUUACCAUGCUGUUGAUUUAGCUAAACGUGGGUCAGCUUCAAGACAACAAAUCAAAUUAUUAUGGACAUUCCGUAAUCCAGAGACAUUAUUUUGGUUUUAUGAUGAAUUGAAGGCUCUUUCUAAAACAAGUGUUAUAACAGAUAUUUAUAUUACUGGUCAAAUACCCAAUGAUGAAAGCUCAUCAGAUUCAGAUAAAGAGAAAAAAUCUGAUAAUUCAUCAUCAGAUUCAUAUAAGGAGAAAACUGAAGGUACUACUAUUGAAGUGAACGGGAGCUCAUCAGAUGCAGAUUCUUCUAGACCAUCAACUAUCAGAGAAGCUAUUGAUUCAUUAGGCCAUAUUAACUUCCAUUAUGGUCGUCCAGAUUUUGAACAAUUGAUUGUCGAAGAAUUCACCGAAGAAACAGGUCCUUCAGUUUGUGUUAUGACUUGCGGUCCACCAAAAAUGGUUGAUAAUGUUAGAGGUUUCACUGCUAAGCAUUUACAAAGUGCCAAAGGCCGUAUUGAUUUGUUUGAAGAAUUACAAGUUUGGUAG